CGUGUGCGUGGACAGGGGGAAAAGGAAGACACGGAGUCCGGCAGGCCGCCGGGAUGAGCCUCUGCGGUGGCCGGAGAUCAUGACCCAGCCGAGGCCGCCACAGCUGCAUGACAACGCGGAGCGAGAUUCGGACGCCAAGCAGAAGAGGAAGCUAGCCGAGAUCUACCAAGUGUUAAACAAUGAGCCGGUGGACAUUGCUCCGCUUCGGCGCAUGGCUAUCAGCGAAGGAGGCCUUCUCAUGGACGAGAUUCGCUGCAAAGUCUGGCCCAGACUUCUCAACGUGAACACGGACGACUUGCUGCCUGCCCCAGAGGAAGAACUUCGGGAAAACAGCAAGGAUUAUCAGCAAGUCCUGCUGGAUGUAAGACGUUCCCUCCGACGUUUCCCGCCAGGUACGGUGAUCGGUCGAUCCUUUUCCUGACCGUGACAAAUUCUGGACUCUCCUG